AUGUUUCAACAGAUAUUGAAAAACAAGAAGUUUUCCUGGUCGAUUGCACUUCUAUUAGGUACGGUUCUCAUAGUGCUACCUACACUUGUAAUAAUCAGAAAAAAUUCUAAACAUAAUCAUGAUCAAGCGAUAUCUCAAGUGACAACACGAAAUGUCGAUGAUUAUCAGUCCAACAGUGACUACUAUCAAUCAUUAACAGAUACUCAUGACUUUUCACAAACUGACAAUCUUCGUUUGGAUCGUCUUUCAUCUCCUCGUUUUCAUCCAAUCAAUGGAAAAAGUGUCAUCUAUUUAAGACAACAGUAUCAUAUGCCUGAUUUACGUGGAUCAACAACUACUUUGCAUUGGCUCGAUUUAGAAACAAAUAAGAAUGUUCAGCUGACACAACCGAUUUGGGGAAAAUAUGAUAGUCAAUUCUUUUGGAUAGAUAAUAACACUAUUCUAUUUUUAUCCAAUCGAGCUUCAUCAGGUCUUAUUCAAAUAUUUCAACUUACACUUCCUGCGAACUUAUUAGAAGUAACUAAUACUUUCCUUGAACCAAUUCAAAUAACAAAUUAUUCAUUGAGUAUUGGUAAUUUGCUAGUAAAUAGACAAGCAUCACGUCUUGCAUUUAGCUGUCAAGUUUAUUCAAAUUUAACAAUUGAAGAAACAUUUACUCGACUAACAGAAGAGAAAAAUAGUGGUCGUUCAGUUUAUCAAUUUGACAAGUUAUUCAUUCGACAUUGGGAUGAAUAUAUGACAGGUCGACGUCAUCAUCCAUUUGUUGUUUCAAUAGAACGGCAAUCAAAUGGAAUAUUCAAGUUUUCAUCACAACCAAUCGAUGUACUUUUCAAUGUAGAUAGUGAUUCACCAACAAGACCUUUUGGUGAUGCCAGAUCACAAUGGUCAUUUAGUGCAAAUGGUAAUUCAUUUGCAUACACUCGACAAUAUGAUGAAACAAGUGCUGUAGCUUGGACAACCAAUAUCGAUAUUUACACAAUAGAUUUGAGUAUACCUGGACAAUCAAGUGUAUGUAUUACGUGUGAGAAUUUAGCAGCUGAUACUGAUCCAUCUUAUUCACCAACAGAUAAUAAUCUAUUGAUUUAUCGAGCACAAUCAAAACCGGGAUAUGAAUCUGAUCAAUUCAAAAUAAAACUCUAUAAUGGAUCAAAUUCGAAAAUAACACUUCUUGAUGAUUGGGAUCGAAGUAUUCAAUCUGUAGCAUGGUCGCUGGAUGGUCAAUCUCUUUUUCUUGAACUUUCUGAAGAAGCACGAAAUGUUAUCUAUCAUUUAUUCAACUUAUUCACAGAUCAAUCACUUACUCGUCUAGUCAGUACAGGUACAUCGCGUAAUAUCAAUGUUCAUCCUAUGAAUAAUCGAAUGUUUGUUUUCGCUCAUCAAAAUUUUGUUGAGCCAAUCAAUAUUUAUUUAUAUUCAUCAGAUGGAUCCAUGCGACCUCUCACUAAUCAUAACAAAGCUCUACUAGCUAAAGUAAAAAUGAGUCCCACGGCUGAAGCAUUUUCAUUUACAGGUGCUCGAGGUGAUAAGGUUUGGGGAUGGCAUAUGCCACCAUCAAGUGGAACUGACAAACGAGCUCCACUUGCUUUUCUUAUUCAUGGUGGUCCACAAAGUAGUUGGAAUGAUGCAUGGGGCUUUGGAUGGAAUUUUCAAACAUAUUCUUCUCAAGGUUAUGCUAUUAUUGCUAUCAAUUUUCAUGGUUCUGACUCAUAUGGACAGAAUUUUACAGAUAGUAUCAUAGGUGAAUAUGGUUCAUUACCUUUCGAAGAUCUUCAAUUAGGUCUUAGUUAUGCAUUGAACAAGUUUCCUUAUAUUGAUCCAGAUCGAGCUGUAGCAUUGGGUGCCAGCUACGGUGCAUAUAUGAUCUAUUGGAUUGCUGGACAUCCAGAAAUGAGUCGUCGUUUCAAAACACUCAUUGCUCAUAACGGAGUGUUUGAUACAAGAGCCAAAGGUUAUUCCACAGAUGAGCUAUGGUUUAGUGAACACGAUGUAGGCGGAUAUACUCCAUGGGAAAAUCCUGAUGUUUAUGAACGCUAUAAUCCACUUAAGCAUGUUGUAAAUUGGACUCAACCUAUACUAAUUAUUCUUGGUGCUAAUGACUAUCGUGUACCAAUUACACAAGGAAUAAGUGCUUUUACUGCUUUGCAGCGUCGCGGUAUUGAAAGUCGAUUAAUAUAUUUUCCCACUGAAAAUCAUUGGAUACUAAAUCCACUUCAUUCACUUUCUUGGUACGAACACGUGCAAAGUUGGAUGCACAAAUGGACAAACUAA